AAAAUGAAAGCAGAGUGGCACAUGAAUACUGUCUUGGAUUGACAUUUUCUCCAGGGACGAAUCCGACGAAGAAUUACAGUUGCAAGAUUUCGAUAUUGAUACUAUCAAAGAACUUCAAAGUUCAAAGCAAGCGAUUAAGGGUGAAAUUGCUGAAAUAGAAGCCUUCGUGCAGAAUGCGCAGCCAAAUCUAUCAGUUCUUGAAGAAUACCGACGCCGCAAUGAGGAGUAUAAAGAUCGCUUGGCAGACCUGAAUGAAAUAACAAAGAGGCGCGACGACGUCAAGAACGAAGUAGAGACCCUUCGAAAGAAACGUCUUGGCGAAUUUAUGCAAGGCUUCAAUAUUAUCUCUCAAAAAUUGAAGGAGAUGUAUCAAAUGAUUACUCUUGGUGGCAACGCCGAGCUGGAAUUGGUGGACAGUCUGGAUCCAUUUUCGGAAGGCAUCGUGUUCAGUGUGAUGCCACCGAAAAAGAGCUGGAAAAACAUUUCGAAUCUUUCUGGUGGCGAAAAGACACUGAGUUCUCUUGCGCUGGUGUUCGCGCUUCAUCAUUUCAAGCCCACUCCUUUGUAUGUUAUGGAUGAAAUCGAUGCUGCGUUGGAUUUCCGCAAUGUAUCCAUCGUCGCCAACUAUAUCGCUGAACGGACGAAAAACGCUCAAUUCGUUAUUAUCAGUUUGCGCAAUAACAUGUUUGAACUUGCAGAUCGACUGGUCGGUAUCUACAAAACAAACGAUUGCACCAAGAGCAUUGCCAUCAAUCCCAAUAUGAUCAAUAUUCUCUCACCGUUACAAGAAGAGCCAGAAAAUUCGCAACGAACUCCGGCAACGCCUGCCAGAUCAUAAAAAAAUAUCCCUAUUUUACAUAGCCAUCCAUCCGCUCAUUUUUUUCCUCCUGUUAUUGCAUUUAGUGAUUACUAUGUAAUAUCAUGUGUAUACUGGUGGGGUCUUCAAGAAACAUCAGGUUCACAUUGUGCAUAUAAAACACACAAGACAUUAAGUAUU